UUUGGGCACCAUUAAUAAAACUCAAGCAUGGCUAGAAAUGGGUUGGAGCUGAUCAACCAGCUGCAGGGCGGCAGCACCAACACAAGCAAGAGUUCGAGCCAGUCUCCGAGGGCGCGCUGCCCGGCUCCAUUUUUAUCGAAGACUUAUGAUUUGUUGGAAGAAGGAGCUGCAGCGGAUGAUAGAGAUGGAGAUGGCAAGAGAAUUGUGUCAUGGAAUGGAGAGGGAACUGGGUUUGUUGUAUGGUCUCCUGCCGAGUUCUCCGAGCUCUUGUUGCCUAAAUAUUUCAAGCACAACAACUUCUCCAGCUUCAUUCGCCAGCUUAAUACUUAUGGAUUCAAGAAAACAUCAUCAAAAAUAUGGGAAUUCAAGCACGAGAAGUUCAAGAAGGGGUACAGGAAUAUGCUGGUGGAGAUAAGCAGGAAGAAGUGCGAGCCGAGUGUGUUUCCGGCGUACCUGAAGGCGUCUGAUCAAGAUCAGAGAUCAUCAGAUCAGAGCACGAUGAUGGUGAUGAGUGGUGGGAUGGAGGAGGACAGUAAUCGUGUGCUUCUCCUAAAGGAGAACAAGAAUCUAAGGAAAGAGAAGGCGGAAUUGCAGAUGCAAAUAGCGCAGUACAAGGCACUUGAAAUGAAGUUGUUAGAUUGCCUUGCUCACUACAUGGGAGACGAACACGACCGCAGCAAAGUUAGAAGACUUUCCUGAAAAAUCAAUUAUAAUUAUUUUCUAUUUAUUGGAGCCUUGGUCGUGAAUUUUUUUUUUUUUUUU